GGGACGCCUCCUCCCCCUCCACAUGAAACCCGAAGCAGAGGGGGGAGAGUCGGAAAAGGUGCGAGGUGGAGAAAGGUGGGAUUUUUCUUCCUUUUUCCUGCAAUUUUUUGUGCGCCAUAUUGUUUAUGUUUCCGUGAAUUUGGUUGAGAGCUCGACCCGAUCCCGCUCUGAAGCUUCGGGAAACGAGGGGAUCACGUGUGGCGUUUGAUCCGCUCCACGCGAACUCCUUCCCCAAUCCCUUCUCUUCCUCGUUUCUCGGUCUUCGUCUCUGCGAUCGCCUCCUCUUCGUUCCGAAUUCGAGUGGGUGGGAAUCUCGCCGUCGAGUUAAUCGGCCGUGAAUCUCCCUGAUUUCUGAGUCCUGAGUAUCGUUCUUCCGCUGAAUUGGUUUCUGGCGACGCGGGUUUCAGUUUGUGAAGGUUUUGAGGUCGGAUUGCCGUCGGACAUAGGUCACAUAUAGGUAUUAGGGUUUUGGAUCGUAACCGAGAAGGUGAGGUGUCUGGGUGAUGAGAGAUUGAUAUGGAAUACAAGAAAAACCGUUUACAUCGCCGGGCGGUGAUGUAGAGUAUCAAAUCCAAAUCUUUGCUUCGUGGUUCUGAAUUCGUCGCAAGUUAGGUAGAGCUUCUUGAAAGGGUGGGUGUUUUUGUUCCUUUUAAAAAGGGUGGCGUUCUCUUGAUUAUUAAUUCGGUGGCUGGGUUCAAUCUGUCGGAUUGACUUGUAUGAGCUAAAGCUGAACUUUUGGAUUGAAAUCUGAACAAGAGCUAGUUUGUUGGAGAAACUUUUCAAUCAUUUUCGGAUAGCAGCAAAUGAACAAAUCAGAAUGAGGGUCUUGCCAGGACCCAUCGUCUAUGGAAACCACUGACAAGAGGUUCCCUGAUUUAGUCACCAUAUUGAAAUCCUGGAUUCCUUGGAGGGCUGAACCGACUUCUGUUUCGAGGGACUUUUGGAUGCCCGAUGAUAGUUGCAUGGUUUGUUAUGAAUGUGACUCCCAGUUUACGAUCUUCAAUCGCAGACACCAUUGCCGUAAAUGUGGAAGGGUUUUCUGUGCUAAAUGCACCUCGAAUUUUGUCCCUGUUAAUUCCUAUGUCACUGAGAAUUUCAGAGAGGAAGAGCUGAUUCGUGUGUGCACUUUUUGCUUCAAGCAGUGGGAGGAUGUAACAGCCUCAAGGGAUGAAGGUCAACCAUCAGGCCCAAAACUUAGUCCUUCUCUUUCCACUACAAGUUUGGCUAGUACCAAGUCAAGUGUUACUGGUAAUAGCAUUACGUCAACAGCAGUUUCAUGCACAUGUUCAAGUGGAGCUUACCAGCAAGCCUCUUAUGGUCCUGCCCACAGUCCCAGUCAGUCUGUUCACUUGGAGACCUGCCAUGACAAGGAAGACAUGCUGAUAGCAGAAACUAACAUGGAUUCUUUGGCGGAUAAAGGCGAUCGUUCUCCGACUCACUUUAGGUUUUGUUUGAACAGGAGUGAUGAUGAUGAUGAUGAUGACGACUAUGGAGCAUGUCAAUGGGACUCAGAAGAACAAAGGUUACGCAACUCUGAUGAAUUUUAUGACCCAGUUGACUUUGAUGAAUCUGAGCAGAGUUAUGGAUCAAGUAAAAUGCUUUCUGCUGAAGGAACUAUUGGCACUGAAGAUAUUUGUUCUCCAGUUCCUGAAAACUCUGAAUUCCAUGUUUCUUUAGGUGUUGGAAAUGUGGAAGAACAAGGUAUUGUUAAUAAUGUUGAAUGUAAUGCUUCUUCUGCCAUAUAUGGUGUGGAUAGCACUGAUGCAGAGACUAUGGACUUUGAGAACAAUCAGCAACUUUGGCUCCCUCCUGAGCCUGAAGAUGAAGAAGAUGAGAAAGAAGCUGUUAUGUUUGAAGAUGAUGAGGAGGAUGCCACAGGAGAGUGGCAUUAUCUGCGUUCAUCAAAUAGCUUUGGAAGUCGUGAGCAUCGAAGCAGAGAUCGAUCAAGUGAGGAACACAAGAAAGCCAUGAAAAGUGUUGUUGAUGGGCAUUUUAGGGCUUUAGUAGCUCAACUUCUUCAAGUAGAAAAUAUAUCUAUCUGUGAAGAAGAUGGUAAAGAGAAUUGGCUAGAUAUCAUAACAUCCUUGUCAUGGGAAGCAGCAACCCUUCUAAAACCGGACACUAGCAGUGGUGGAGGCAUGGACCCUGGGUUGUAUGUGAAGGUCAAGUGCCUAGCUUGUGGGCGUCGCAGUGAUAGCAUGGUGGUGAAAGGAGUUGUGUGCAAGAAGAAUGUGGCUCACCGCCGUAUGUUGUCAAAGAUUGAGAAACCCCGAUUCCUUCUCCUUGGUGGAGCUCUUGAAUAUCAGCGUGUGACAAAUUUGCUCUCAAGUUUUGAUACAUUGUUGCAGCAGGAAAUGGAUCAUUUGAAGAUGGCAGUUGCAAAGAUAGAUGCUCACCAUCCCAAUGUUCUUUUGGUAGAGAAAUCAGUUUCUCGUUUUGCUCAAGAUUAUCUUCUUGCUAAAAACAUUUCACUUGUUUUGAAUAUCAAAAGGCCACUCUUGGAGCGUAUAGCACGCUGUACUGGUGCUCAGAUAGUCCCUUCAAUUGACCAUCUUUCAUCUCCCAAGCUGGGGCAUUGUGACUCAUUUCAUGUGGACAAGUUUCUUGAAGAGCAUGGCAGUGCUGGACAAGGGGGAAAGAAACUCCUAAAGACAUUGAUGUUUUUUCAGGGAUGCCCAAAGCCCUUGGGUUGUACGAUUCUGCUCAAGGGUUCUAAUGGUGAUGAACUGAAGAAAGUCAAACAUGUUGUCCAAUAUGGAGUGUUUGCAGCAUAUCAUUUGGCAUUGGAAACAUGUUUUCUUGCAGAUGAAGGGGCUUCUCUCCCAGAACUUCUGUUGAAAUCUCCAAUCACUGUAGCACUGCCAGAGAAACCGUCGACUGUCAAUAGAUCUAUAUCCAUGAUCCCUGGUUAUACAAGCUCUUCUGCUGAAAAGUCGCAAUCUAAUAAAUCAGAUCCCAACUUAGGAUUUGACAACUCUCGAGAGUCUGGACUAGUAGAAUUACCAUUUUCUUCUGAGAAUCAUACUUCCCAUUGCUUCAGAUCUGCUUCUAUCUCUGUUGCUGGAUCUUUCAAUAUGCAUGAUCUGCCUGUUGAUAGAGGUAACCAAAUCAAUCAUUUUGAUGAACAGCAAAGUUUGGAUCCUUUCAUUUCUUUGUCUCACUCAGGAACAGUUCCAAGCUCUUUCUUUGGUGAUUCUUCAUGUUACACUAGAGAAGAGAUUAAAUCAAGAUUUUUGAAGGAGGAUGAGACCAAAUUCACUAAAAAUGGUAAUGAAACAAUUCUCCAUUGUCCAGUCCCAACAUCCAGCUGUCAUGGCGAUCUAGAAACUCUUGAGAGUGGUAGAAGAGUGGGUUGUGAUGUGCAAACAGAUGAAACCAAAAUGAUAAAAAUGCAACAUGGUUUCUCACAUUUAGGGACCUCAAAUCAAGAUAAUCCAAGGAACGAGCACAUGUUUUCAAAGGAAGAAUUCUCACCAUCUCCUUCUGAUCAUCAGAGCAUUCUGGUUUCUCUAUCUUCGCGCUGUGUGUGGAAGGGGACUGUUUGCGAGCGUGCACAUCUAUUCCGCAUUAAAUAUUAUGGCAGCUUUGACAAGCCUCUGGGGAGAUACUUACGUGACCAUUUGUUUGAUCAGGUUUUUAGCUAUCGGUGUCGGUCCUGUGAGAUGCCAUCAGAAGCUCACAUUUAUUGUUAUACUCAUCUCCAAGGCAGUCUGACAAUAUCUGUGAGGAAGCUGCAGGAGUUUCAUUUGACUGGAGAACGCGAUGGCAAGAUAUGGAUGUGGCACAGGUGCCUACGCUGUCCUCGAGUCAAUGGGCUACCUCCCCCGACUCGGAGAAUUGUAAUGUCUGAUGCUGCCUGGGGUUUGUCGUUUGGUAAAUUUUUGGAGCUUAGCUUUUCAAAUCAUGCUGCUGCGAGUAGAGUAGCCAGCUGUGGUCAUUCUCUUCACAGGGAUUGUCUACGUUUUUAUGGAUCCGGCGAAAUGGUUGCAUGUUUCAAGUAUGCGUCGAUUAAUGUACACUCUGUCUACCUGCCACCCUCAAAACUGGAUUUCAACUGUCAGCAUCAGGAGUGGGUACAAGAAGAAGCAACUAAGGUAUUUAAGACUACAAAUGAUCUCUUCACUGCAGUAUACAAUUCAUUGCGACAAGUUGAAGAAAAAAUAUCAAAAACUGUUUCUCAUGAUGGUAACACUGAAGUACUUGAAUCAAGAAGAAACAUAAUUGAACUUGAAGCCAUUCUUCAGAAAGAGCAGGCAGAGUUUGAGGAAUCUAAACAGAAAGUAACUAGAAAGGACUCAAGGAAGGGGCAGCCAUUUAUUGAUAUUCUUGAUGUCAAUAAGCUACAAAAGCAAUUGCUGUUGAAGUCCUAUGUAUGGGAUAAAUGUCUAAAAUUUGCUGCAGGUUCACUUAGCAACCCUCAUGAAUUUCUCAUGACCAGAAAUAAUGAGGAUCUCGGACUUAGGGCACAAAGAAGCUUCAUAAGUUUUGAUGCUUCUGUUUCUACUGCUGCUGAAUCCCUUAAUGGGACCAGAACUAAAGAUGGAUAUGACCAAUAUAAACAACCUGCUUCAGAUCAGCAAAAUGUAGAUCAACAACAUGUCAAGAAAACCGAACUUCUGUCUACCAGCACAAAUGCUAGUGAUCAAUCUGAUUCUUUAGAAUCUGAUCUUGGUGUCCAUAAGGUUCUCUCUGAUGGGCAUUUCCCAAAUAUGGCUGAUCUUUCAGACACCUUGGAUGCAAAAUGGAGAGGUGAAAAUGGUCCUACACUGGUAGAUGCAAGCAAAUCAAAAUCAUUAACCUUGGUUGAAGCCACGCCUGCAAUUUCAGCUUCCGAGAAUUCUGAGGAAAGCAUUAUCACUGAUCCGAACAACCUUUGUGCCCCUAUGAUGCCACCUAGAUCAGUAGAGUGUGCAGAAGUAUCAAUUUUGAUUAAAUCAUUAUUUUCUGACCUGUAUGCUUCUCUUAACAAGAAUUGUGAUAGUGCCCUAAUUGAGUACCAUCCUGAAUAUAUUUCUUUGUUUAAGGAGUUCAUGCAGCAGGGCUGGGCAAGGCUGCUUCCCACUGGGGUGGAUGAUACUGUCAUCCCAAUUUAUGACGAUGAACCGACCAGUGCCAUAUCUUAUGCUCUUGUUUGUCCCGAGUAUCACUUUCAGAUAUCUGAUGAGCCUGAGAAGUACAGAGAUGGCAGGGAAUCCUCAAUUUCCUUUUUGACUCAAGAUUCUGGAAACCCUCAUCUAUUUCAAUCAGUUGAGGACAUUACACUUGAAAGCUUUAGAAGUUUUGGAUCAUUUGAUGAUAGCACCUCAUCCAUCUAUGGUAGCAAGAGCUCCCUGAUAUUAGAUCCACUUGCAUCUUCUAAAUCAGUGCAUGUUAGAGUUUCUUUUGCUGUCAAUGGGCCUCAUGGGAAAGUUAGAUAUACUGUAACAUGUUACUAUGCAAAAUGUUUUGAUUCUUUAAGGAGAACUUGCUGUCCGUCUGAACUUGAUUUUAUAAGGUCUCUCAGUCGAUGUAAGAAAUGGGGAGCACAGGGUGGGAAGAGCAAUGUCUUCUUUGCUAAGUCACUGGAUGAUAGGUUCAUUAUAAAGCAAGUUACCAAGACAGAGUUAGAAUCAUUUAUCAAAUUCGCCCCUGAGUAUUUUAAAUAUCUAUCAGAUUCAAUAAGUACGGGGAGCCCAACAUGCCUGGCAAAGAUUCUGGGCAUCUACCAGGUUGCAGUUAAAAAUCUGAAGGGUGGAAAAGAGUCAAGGAUGGAUGUACUAGUAAUGGAGAACCUUUUAUUUGGACGUAAUGUGAAAUGGUUAUAUGAUCUCAAAGGCUCUUCAAGGUCACGGUACAAUGCAGAUUUAAGUGGUAACAAUAAAGUACUUCUUGAUCAAAAUUUGAUUGAGGCAAUGCCUACUUCUCCAAUUUUUGUUGGAAACAAGGCAAAGAGACUUCUGGAAAGGGCUGUAUGGAACGACACUGCGUUUCUUGCGUCCAUCGAUGUGAUGGAUUACUCUUUACUGGUGGGCGUGGAUGAGAACAAGAAUGAGCUGGUUGUUGGGAUCAUUGAUUUCAUGAGGCAGUAUACAUGGGACAAGCACCUGGAGACAUGGGUAAAAGCUUCGGGAAUAUUAGGGGGGCCAAAAGAUGCAUCUCCGACUGUGAUUUCACCCAAGCAAUACAAAAAGCGUUUCCGAAAAGCAAUGUCGGCGUAUUUCCUUGUGGUUCCGGACCAAUGGUCACCUCCUAUGAUCAUCCCUAGCAAGUCGCAGGCUGAUCUUUUCCAAGAUAAUCUGCUAGGUGCAUCGCAAAAUUCAUGACAUGCUGUUCCUGUAAAUGCUAUGCUGUAUAAUGGGUGAUUCCCCACAUUUUUUGGGUUUACAUCAGUCCUCUCCUAUAUCUUAUUAGUAUUUCUAGACCACAACCUCAAUUCGUUGUUUUGCUUACAUGUUAUUUAUUUGUAAAAAGAUGUGAAACAAGGUGUCAUAUGCCCUAAACUUUAUUGUAUCAAAUAGUAUCAUUCCCUCUUAGCAAUGACAUGUACAUUUUGUUUA